UGGCAAUCUCUGAAAUUUUAAGACCGGCGACGAGCAUUAUAUCGUGUUGAAUUUCUUUUAUCCAAGUUUCGAUAUUUUCUUGGCAAUUCAAUUUAAAACUAACAAUUAUGAGCGGCUUAGUAAGAACAGCGCAUAGAGUUAUUCAAACAUGCGUUAAAAGUACGGGUCUAUCGGGUGCAAUAGUGUCGCGCACGCAGACUCCCGUCAAACGUGACUUCACAAGAGGGAUAUGGCACAUGAGCUGUUCCACGAGGAUGGACAGCACCUCGGCGUCCACCAACCUCCUUAGCAACCAUUCCAACACUUGUGGCUGCGGCUGUGGUCUCAAAGCACUUCACACAAAAGGGGAAAAGGAGUUAGUAGAGUUUCUAACUGAAGAAAUAGUAGCUGAACGUAAGGCUCAGAAGGUGAAGACUUUGCCCACUGAAGUAAAUGGGUUUGUAGUAAAAGCAGACAGUGCAGAGGUUACCCUCACCAAGCAACUGAAGGAUGAACUGGUAAGAAUAACAUUCAACGUAAACCACACAGUGGAUUCUGAGGACUUUGGUGAGGACGCUCAGCCAGAAAAACAGGAGUUCUCUGAGAUGCGCUCCAAGCCACAGUUUGAGGUUGACCUGGUGAGAGGCGACUCUACCCUUGGCUUUACUUGUUCCUUCCUUCAGGAACCACCAUCAACUAAUGCUGAGGAGUACAACGACAUUUUUGGUAUUGAUGAGGUGACGUUAUACAAAGGCGAGUGGAACGAAAAGGUGUACGCGGUCGCUGGAGACGUUCUAGACGGAUACCUCUACGAUCUUCUGAUGAAUCUUCUAGAAGAAAAAGGCAUUGGAAAUGAGUUUGUACAGAAGUUGUCUGACUUCAGUACAGCUUACGAACACACGGCAUACAUAAAUUUGCUCGAAGGCAUCUCGAAGUUUACUAUUGGCAAGCAAUAGACAACUGUAUAGUUUUUAACUUUAGAAUGAGAUGAAUAAUGUUAUCUGUGACACCCUAUAAAGUAAUUUUGUUUAUGUCUUUGACUUUAAUAGUAUUGUUUGUAAUAUGAUCUUCUGUAUGUAUAUUAAAUAAUUUUGUGUGUUUCAUUGAAAAAAUAGUUUCAUGACUCAACCAAAGAUUGUGUUUUUGUAUAGAUAUGGGGAUUAAUGAGUGGGGAGUUCUUACGAGAAUAAGAAAAGAAACAUGAAAGAACUAAAAUGUUUGGAUUUAAUUGGAAAAUAAAACAAACGGAUUGUGUUACAACUAACUGUAAACUGCCAUAUAAUUAAGUACAUAAUUGCAUAGUUUGAUGUAGAAUAGUAUCUUGUACAGUUUAAUUUAAUCUUGACAUACAUUCAAAGUCCUUGGAUUUAUUUCAAUUCUCUAAUAAUAAAUUAUUUUGAAUACCAUUAACGCGAGACUGUUUAUAAUGUUCAAUUAAAUGUGUGAAAAUACCUUUUUAUCAGCGAAGAUUUUCUUCUAACAGGUAUAAAUAAAUAAGUUUAAAUUCUCUCAUUUUGUUAUUGUGCUAAUUGGGUUUCACAGAUUGGCGAAUUUAUGUUAUCAACACAAAUAUAGGUGAGGCAUUUAUUUUCCUCUAGAAUAGCUUUAAAGAAUGUUUAGUUUAUAACAACAAUGUUGUUUAGUGUUAAAUGUGUUUUAGUUCUGAAUAAAUGUUAUUCAAGGUU